AUGGCUGAAUCAAUAACACCAACUGCAGCUAAAUGCGUAAAAUAUAAGAAGAAACAAAGAUUUAUUUCAUCAGAUUUUCGUGCAAUUCGGGCAUCUCGGCUGUCAAAAUUGUAUGUGGCUGAUCGAACUUCGCGUGUGGAGUGCUACAAGGUUCUGAAUGACAUUAAUGAGCAGGCAGCCCAGCUAGAGAAUGAUCAUGUUUCAUCCAGGGAGUGUGGUUUUAUAAUUCGACAUUGUUUCCCUGGUCUCAGGAGAAUUCACAGUAAUCAUGUCUACUUUUACUCGGGAAUCCGCCGCAUAAUAGCAAGUGAUACUAAACCCCAUGACAAUGAUUCAAUUGCAAUUUAUGGGCAAGCAUCAGCUACAAUUCCAAAAAGCUUCUUUCUUAAAAGAGCUGAACUGUUAGACUUUGUUAAAUUGGAUGACCAACCAUUGUACAGUUUUGACAAUGGUAUUGCAUCAACAACAGUGGCUAAACACUUCAGAGAUCUUACGGUUGCAGUGCAAGAAUUUACAGUCAAGCCCAUCCACGAAGCAGAGAAAAUCCUUGAUCUACCAAGUCACCCAUGUCUCCCCCUGUUGAUUGGGCUAUGUUGUGAAGAACAACCUUACCUUUCGGUGACUAAAUUUUAUGGUGCAAAAAGAAUUGGACUUAUGUUAUCUAUUUCUGCUGCAAUAGCAGAAGGACCAACAAAAAGAAUGAAUUCACCCCACUGGAUGUCAAUAAUAUGUGAUAUCGCUAAAGGCCUUCUCCAUAUGCAUACAAAUGGAUUCUUGCAUGGAGACCUGAAGCCUAGCAAUAUUAUUUUAUAUCGGAAACCUGAUUGUGAUAAGUAUUUUCAGCCAGUCUUUUUAGGUCUUACAAAAGUGACAAAAUUUUCAAUUGCAGAUAUUGAAAAACUGCUUAUUUUUGAAGAUCUGAUAAUGUUUCAGCACCUGGUUAAAAAUAUAUUAAAUGUUGUGACUCUUGACGAUCAAACACAAGAAAAAUUUAUGAACAUGAUAAGUGUGGCAACAACCUAUGAUGAACAGUGGCAAAUGUUGGAAAAUGUAAUACAUUUCUUAGAAACAUUAUAGAAUAAGGAUACUUAUAUUAAA